GAUGACAUCUACUGUCAUCUACGUUCCAGACAUUCAAGAAUUACCAGAAUGUGAGCCAUCAGUAUUCAAUGAUAUUCAGGCAACCAUUCGAUUAUUCGGAGGCAUGCCAAUUGCUAUAUUUGGUUUUAUCACAAACGUGAUCAAUGUGAUAGUAUUUUGUGAUCCAGAGAUGCGAUGUUCUCUUGUAAAUCAUUUUUUAUUGGUGCUCUCAAUUUCCGAUCUAGUACUUUUGGUGUGUAAUUUCUUUAUGCUCAUAUUCCCAGUUAUUGCAUCAAUGAGCAAUAGCUAUUUGUUACAUGAUUAUUAUCCUGUAUUUCUGUGGUUUGCGUAUCCAGUUGGAUUGAGUACACAAACUUGUGGUGUUUAUCUCACAGUUCUGGUUUCUGUGCACAGAUAUUUAGGAGUUUGUCAUCCUUUUCGAGCAAAACGAUGGGUUUCUGGAAAACCUGUUAAAUGGGCAAUUAUUGGCUCAAUAAUCUUCAGUAUAGUAAUAAAUCUUCAUACGUGGCUUGAAUUGGACAUUCGUCCUUGCUAUUCUAUCAACUUCAAUGCACCUAUCAGUUCAAUUAUAUUAACAAGUUUGAGACAAAAAUCAUCAUACAAUUUGAUAACAAAAUGUAUAAUGUAUACAUUGAUAAUGUUCAUCAUUCCAUUCAUUACACUUAUAAUAGUUAAUUGUCGAAUUGUGGUUGCAUUGAAAGAAUCAACGAGAAUGAGAAAUGGUCAAUCAAUGAAGAAAAGCACACAAUCUAGAUUCACCUGGAAAUCUCUCGACAAACGAAUUAUGAAUAAUUUUCGGAUGCUCAAAGGUGCCAAAUACAGUGAGUUAUUUGGAAGGUUCGGGCGACUCAAUUUCAACCCGUUGAAAACGCCAUCACUUCUAAAAACAAAUGGAAAUUCUCUUCGUGAUCGUUCUGUAACUCUUAUGCUUCUUGCAAUUGUUGCCAUAUUUCUCUGCUGUAAUUGUCUUGCAUUCUGCAACAACAUCUACGAAAACGUGCAACAUGUAAAAAAACAUGCAUCGGAUUCUCAAUCCCUGAAUCAAACUUCAUUUGUUCCAGAGAUCGAAGAACAAUCACAAGAUUAUGAUGGUGAAUGGAGCAUUUUUAAUGAAUGGAACUUUGACCUUUCUGUUGAAAUAUCAAAUCUUCUAAUCAGUUUGAAUUCAUCCAGUUCUAUGUUUGUAUAUCUGAUUUUUUCAUCAAAGUACAGAUCAAUUAUCAAACACUGGCUGGGAUUAGAGAAGAGAAAAAGAACAAAUGGAGUUGCCUUAACAACAGUGAUGGCCGCUCAGAAAGCAUUGGAGCUUUCGAUUCUUCCAGAUGAAGUUGAAGCCCGUCGUCAUAGAAAAGAAAAAUCACAUUUUGUAAAAAAUAAGAAACAAAUGAACAAAUCAGCUCAAUUAUUUCUCACAACAUCAGAAAUUGAUCUUCGAAAAGCAAGAACGAUUCGAAAAGAACAAGAAGACGAAGAAGAAGAAGAGGAAGAGAUUCGAGAAAUUCAAAGCGAUGAGCCAAGUGCAGCCAGUAAUCUUUCUAGAGAUGAUCAAAACCGUUCAAGCUCGAAACGAAAACUUCUUCGAUUUGCCACUCUCGCCUAAAAUCUAAUUCACUUGUUUAUAUUUGUAAAAGAAUUUUCCUCUUUAUUUUACGGGUUUUUAAAAAUUGAUCUCGAACGUUUCCUCCAGUUCAAUUAUUCUCAACUUUUCUUUUGUUUCCAUUUUAUGACCUCAAUGAAGAUAUAAUAAUGAUAAA